AUGAAUGUUUUUUCUUUAGACUAUGUCGAUCGUGGUCUACGCUCUCUAGAAGUUGCUUACUACAUCAAUGCAUAUUAUGGAUUCCGAGAAGAGUUAAAAACUCGAUUCAAUUUGGGCGAUGCCGAUUCUGUGUAUAAACACAUCAAUAGUUUGUUCAGAUAUUUUCCCCUGUGUGCGUUGGUUGUUGAUAGCAUAUUGUGCAUGCAUGGAGGGAUUUCGCCAAAAUUGAAUAAGCUCAGUGACCUUACAAAGGUAACUGAGACCUCACAAAGACUAAAAAUGUUUCUUUUUCAGCUUAAACUUCCCAGGGACAUCAUUGCGCAACAGCGAGAUACUUCGCUUCCCAAAAGUUUCUUCCCAGAGAAUCAUCCAUUGGACUUGGAUCUUCUCUGGUCUGACCCUAACGGUGAUGUAGAUGGGUUUGAGUAUAACGAAGCUCGACAAAGUUCCGUUUGGUUUGGUCCACAAGAGGUUUAUUCGACUUGUGAGAAGCUCGGUAUUAAACUCAUUGUGCGCGCUCAUCAGGCCUUUAAUCGCGGUUUUGGGUUUUUUGCUGGAAAGAGGAUGGUUACCUUGUUUGGGGCGACGGACUAUGUUGUGAAGGGAAGUUUUGCCGGUAUUCUCCAUUUACAAUUGGGCAAUGUUCAAGACAAGAAAGGCAAACCGACUGAGAAAAAAGAAAUUCAAGCAGGCAUUAUUAUCUUCCGUCCUGCUACAAAGGAAACUAAGGGAAAGAAAAAGUUCAUCGAGGAGUUUGAGAAUUUCCCGGAAGCUGAGGAGGAUGAGGAAACUCAACUUGAGAUACUUGGAAAGGUAGAGAUUUUUUGGAUAAAACUUGUGGCAUUUGAGAUCCAGAAUCUUUGGAGGUUUUGGCUUAGAAAAGGAAAGGAGUCGGACAGGGACUCAGGAUUAAGUCGGAUUUGUGGAUGGGAUCUUUCCCUUACGACUGCGUCUUCUGUGUUUUAUCCUUCGGAGUUAAUCCCUUUAGAUCAGGAAGGGAAGGAGUCGGACAGAGACACAUGA